AUUAUCUUCAUUUUAGUAUUUUAGUCAUUAGUGGAAGGUGUGUUUGUGUGUUGUAUGUUCACAAUUCUCAAUAUUGUUUUUUAAGCAGAUAAGGAGAUAUUUAGAUAAGAGUCUACAAGUUGUCACAUACACGUUUUUGACACUAUGUCUUGGUUGAAGCAUCCCGAGAAACUUUUUGCAUCGAAUGAAAAAAUUAAAUACGAUAUUAAAAAUGGGACAAAUUUAUCCGAAGGUAAAAAUUCUACUGCGAAAAAAGUAAAUACUGCAGACACUACAGAUAAAGACAAAAAUUAUAGUAAGUCCAUUAUUCACGGUGAAACUUCUAAACAGCAGUCCACUGCCCCUGGAAAUCUACAAAAGUCUGACAGUGCAACAAUAAGUGGAACAGGUCGCGAUAUCAUUUUGAAAAAAAUAACUCCUGGCAAGACAAAAAGCGAGGAUAAAAAUAACAGUGGAUCAAUUAAUGAUGGCGUUCUUUCCGUAAAAGAUCCAACGACUCAGUUGGAAUCAAAAGAAAAUACUUCGUCAGGUGCUAAACUAAAGGACCUAAAUUUUCCUACGGAUAACAGUACCAUAUUAAAAAAAUUACAAACCAGUAUUAAAGAAAACGAAGAGCAAAACAACAGUGGAGUAAUAAUUAACAGUAGCUUUGGUUUCGUAAAAAAUGUAACGAAUCCAUUGGAAUCAAAGAAAAAUAGUUCAUCUGGUAGUAACUAUAAAGAAGAAAAUUUGGCUACAUUUCGCGCGACUCUAAAAAAUGGAAAAACUAGCAAGAAAGGAAAAAAGGGUAAAAACAGCAAUCAAACAAUAAAUACAAAUCCGACAAAUCCGUUGGAAUCAAAAGAAAGCACUUCAUCUGGUAGUAAACAGUAAACCUAAGGAGGCAAAUUAGAAAGAGACCUAAGAGAAAGCCUACGGAAAACAAUACUAUAUUGAAAAACGAAAAAACAGACAAAAACAACAGCCAAACGAUUAAUCACUCGAAAAAGCCAAAAAAACCAGUAGAAGAACUUGCUUUGUCUUGGGUAAACAAUCCAAAAAAACUCCUUGAAACUGAAGAAGGUGCAUCUGGCAGUAAUAUUAAAACGAACACGAAGACCUCUCUUUCGAACAACAGUCCACAUAAAGCGGCUAAAAAUAAUGUUUUGCAAUUGGAUAUUGUGGAACAAGUAAUUAAGAAUAUAAAAUCCAACGAGGAAUUUAAAAGUCUGUUAGAAAUUGUUUCAAAUAUAAUGUCAAACAAAAAUGUUAAAAAUCGCAAAACCAAGAUUAAUAUAUUUGAGUCCUUUCUCGAAAGUUAUCAAUACGCUAAUCCAAAUUAUAUGAAGCAAGUUAAAACUACGCUGAAGUACUGCGAAUCACAAGUAACAAUAGCUUCAUAUUUCGUUGAUGCAAAAGAUUUUGAAGGAGGAGACUUAGCCUUUUUUGACGGAGCAUCUGGACUAUUGAAAGGAAUACUUUCUAUAAAUAAUGUUAAACGAGAAGCACUUAUGAAGUUUAAUCGGUAUAAUAAUCGAUAUAUACAAAAUGAAGCGGCCGUGUUGGCUCAACUUAAGCAUGCCAACGUAAUCGAGUUAUUGGGCUAUAUCGCAAGUACUAAAAAAGAUAAUGUGAAAAAAAUAUUUUUAGAAUAUAUGAACUUGCAUGAUUUGGCAAGGGGCUUAGAGGAUAAGGAAGUUGAUUUAAGUAUAGAAAACGUGAAAAAAAUUUUCAUCGACCUAGCAACAGGUAUGGAGUAUGUUCAUUCUAAAAAAAUUUUACAUAGAGAUUUACGAUUGUCACAUUUUCUUUACAACAACAAGAAUGAAUAUAAAAUAGGAGGAUUUGACAGAGCUGUUUAUGUGGGAAAUUCCAAUGGAGAAUACCAGUCACCGGUCUGGGAAAGUAUGUUACGUGUUACUAAAACGCUGACGCCUCCGGAAUGGGAUGAAAUGGAAAAAUAUACGUACACAUAUAAAACUGAUGUUUAUUGUAUGGGAUAUUGUUUUCGAAUUAUACUCAGAAAACGAUAUCCUCCGUUGGAGGCACAGUUAGAGGACAUUGCGAAAGAAUUAGAAGAAUUUGUAUUUGACAAUAUGUUCUUCGAGAUUCCACAAUGCAGGAAGGAUUUUACUAAAAUAAAAACAUUUAUCCAAAAUUUGAAAAUUUAACCAUUUUCUUAAGAGGCUACAAUAGCGCGUCAUUAAAACUGAAAACGCGUUCCGAGAUUGCGGCUUUAAUUUUGAAUAUUUUGUCGAGAUAUUUGGCACACAUAUUCGUAAUAUAGUAAAGAAUGGCAGUACAGAGCCGAAUUUGAGAAAUAUGUUAGUAGUGUAAAUUACUCAAUAAAUUAAAUACAAUAUUAAAAAUACGAGCCUGUACCGCCAUUAAGAAGAACAAAAAAAUACACUUUCUUCAAAAAAACUUUUUUAUCCCAUGCUUGGAUUUUGUGGCACAUUGGAACUACUACAAUUUUUUAUUUCUAAAAAGAAAUCAAACAUAUUAUAACUAAUAAGUGAUUAGGCAACAUAGAGAAAUAUUCACUGUCAUUUUGACAAACCUGCAUCAGAUUUCUAAGAUUCUCUUAUCUGUUCUGUUAUCUGUAUCGAUAUCUGUUCAGUACAGUAGUGUAUUAUUUUAUGAAUUCGUUAGUGUUGAUUCAUAGGGAAGUAGUGUUUAUUUAUAAUUAAUUUAUUAUAUUUUUGUGUAAUGGAACUAAGUUGUUGGACUAUUUGAAAAAAUAGAUUAUUAAUUAAAAAGUUAAUUGUGUUUUGUAGGUUAGUAUAUUUUACGUAAAAAUAUUUCGAAUUGUAAUGCCAGUAUAUAAAGUUUUAGGAGGAUUUUUAUUUUAGAAAUGUUAUCAGUAGCUUAAGAUUUAAAAUUUUCUUACGCUUUUAAUAAAAUGUUCACUUAUUUUGGUUUAUUUCUAUAAAUAUUUAUUUACUAAUAAUAAAAUUGUUGUCUAAUACUUCCAUUUAGCGCGCCUAUGAGUAAAUUGUCACAAUAAUUAUUGAUCUAAGAUAAUGUCAAAUAUUCCCAUUGUUGACAAAGUUUUGCAAAACUUUCGAAAAAAGGUGUGCUACUGUCUCCCGAAGUUAUAUUGAUGACGCGCUACUGUUGCCUCUUAAUAUCUCAUAAACUGGGACUUAUAAUAAUAAAGCUUUUAUAGUAUUAA